GGAAGGACAAUUUAAGCUAGCUCUUCCCUACUUUAGCCAGCUUGAUAGUUUGCUGGUAAACACCUCAACCUCAACACCCGAAUCUUGCUAACUAUGUCCACGUUUACUUCCAUGAAAAAUUACAGGCUGAGGCUUUAACAGGGAUGGAUGUCACCUGCCAAAGUAAUCACCAUGCCACCAAAACAGAUCUGACUCUGUUGCUGGAAUGUCUGAAGUAUCAGAUGGAUUGGCCAGAUUCACAGAAACAAGCUCUGCUCACUAUCUACUCAAUCUGUCAACAGAGAGAGGAGAAUGUGGACCUGUUCAGAAACAUGGGAGGAGUGGUGUUUGUGUACAACCUCUCCAAGUCCAGCGCUCACUGUGAGGUCAAGGAGACGGCACUAUUCACUCUGGGGAUGCUCGCAGAGAAUAAUGUGUACUGUAAACAAGCUCUGUGCAGAAAAGAGACUUUCUCAGACCUGGCUGACCGUCUGACACAGGACUGUCCCCUCACGCUGAAGAGAGUGGCUGUUUAUCUGCUCUCUGUACUGGUUGCCAACAACAGGUCAGGGCAGACCUUCGCCCAGUCCACCGGCUGCCUGGACAUCCUGCUGGACCUUUUCAGGACCCGUUUCCCUCUCUCCAGCGAGGCUUCAGCGGAGCCUGCCAACAUCUCUCAGCUCCACCAGCUGUGGAAGUCUGUGUCCAGCGCCCUCUGUGGUUGUGUCAACAAUCCUCAGAACGAGGAGAGUCAGAUGAUCUGUGUAUCAGCAUUUCCUCAGAUCCGAGUCUGGCUGCAGCAGAUGGCUCUCCCCCGCACUGAGUUGGUACAGCCCAUCUGCUUUUUCAUAACCAUGACGGUCUCUAACAACAAUUUGGCUCAGGAGAGUUUUUCAUCAAUGGGUGGUUUGGAAACUCUGACUCUCACACUGAUUCGAGUAUCCUCUAAUGCCACCCAAAGCCCACUUGCCUGUGAGCUGUCCUGUAUAAUGGCCAAGACCCUUUCAGCCUGUAUAAGUGACAACCCCGCCCUUGCUUCAGGCUUAGCUCGGCACCACGUGGUGGAACAGCUCCUCCCCCUGUUGACCAGCCCCAACGUGGACCCCAGAGACCAGCUGUCUGUCAUCCUCGCCCUGGGACACUGCACUGAAGCCUGUGAGGAGCACCAGUCUCAGCUGGUGCAGUGUGGGGGGCUGUCUGUCAUCAUCUCCGUGCUCACCGACGCUCACAACGAGGAAGUGAGGAAAGCUGCCACCUUCCUGCUGCACACCUGCAAACAAGCCACGGUUUCCCUCAGAGGCCCUGCCCUGGGGCAAGCUCAGGGCCAGGCUAGGCAGGGCCAGGCUGGGCAAGUGGACACCCCUGAGGACCUGGAGGCCUGCUGGAGGUCAGCCAGAGAGAUGCUGCACAAAAUCAAGCAGUUUGAGAGAGAGCAGGCCAAGAGGAGGCAUGAGGAGGACAGGGAGACCCCGGAACAGCAAACCCUCGAACAAUGGUUGGCGGAGGCCAUACCUUCACCCCUCUCCCAUCCCUUAAUGUCCCACCCUGCCCCCGUGCCUCAGUGGGUGGGGAGAGCCCAAGGGGGGGAGCCCGGAAGGGGAAAGAGGAACCACGGAGAGAGGGAACGGGGGAGGCGCGGCGAGCAGACGCCCGUCCCGACUGCCGACGAGCGGAGCGACGGGGAAGGAGGAGGGAGAGGAAAGAGGAGGUCUGAGGAGUGGAGGGAAGAGAUGACUCCCUGUGGGCCCAUGAUGGAGAGGAGAGAAAGGCCGGACCGAAGAGAAGACCAGCGACAGGGGACACAACAGCACGGAGACACAGAGCCAAGCUCUGGGAAGUGGGUCAGGAGGCAGAUUUUCCAUGGCGGGGAGGAACCACAUGAAGCCCUCAGCAUGGAGCGAGGGAGGGCCCAUACACACUCCCACUCCAGCCAAAGGAGAGAAAACCACUCUGCGCUCCCAGUCACAUCCGCUCAGACCGAGGCUCAGACCGAGGCUCAGACAGAGGCUCAGAGAGAGGCCGGGGCACGGGCGGAGAGGCCCACGGAGCGAGACACGCAGAGAGGGAGGGAGAGGAGCCGAGGCUGUGGGAAGGAGAGGCUGAGCUCGUCCCCGCACGCGGGCGCUACGGGAGAGCAGCAGCUCAAACCCUCGGCGCCUCGCGUGCGCACGCACGCCCGGGCCGAGCAUUAUGGGAUGGCUGAGCCCACACGUACACAUGCCACGUCAGCCCCUGCUGCCCACGCCGCAGCUGGUAACCCAGGGCAACCUCCUGUGGACAGGGAGGAGAGCAGCUCCGUCUGCAGGGGGACGGGAACAGUCUUCACCUCCACCUCCCCGCCACUGGAGGGAGCCAGAAAAACAGACAUGGACAGCCUGGUGUUCAAGCUGCCACUCCCUGCUCAGCCCAGGGCACCUCCUCGCCCCAAGAACUGGAUCGACGACGAAGAUGUUCUGUCCUUGUGUUCAGAGCUGCUGGACAGUGAGAUCAGUAAGAUCCUGGAGACCCCAGAGGCCGCACACAAGCCCUCGACACAUCGGUGCUCAGGCUGCGUGCUGAGGUUCUCUGAGGUGAGCAGUAGGACGUUCCCUGGCCUCCAGCGCUCCUGUCACCACAGCUGUGACCUGCACGCAGCCCUGCUGGAGGCUAGCGAAAGGUAUCGACAGCACCUCCACCAUGGCCUUCCCAAGACAGGCAGGCAGGAACAUGCACCCACACCCACAGCAGCACCAAGACGGAGAGACACACUCCGCUACUGGGAUCACUGCACUGACAUCCGCCUGACCCCCAUCCGGAUAGGAGGCCUGCAGAAGAGCCAGUCCACCCAGGGAGGAGAGCACAGGGCUGGACGCUACGGCCACAUCCGGCUCACUCCGUUGAAAAAGCCCGUUCCCUCUGAUGACAAAGUGGGCCCACAUGCACGCACACACACACACACACUCAUGUUCUGUGGUGUCCACCCCAGAACCAGAAGACACAUCAUGGUGGAGACAGUGCCAUUGAUGAACAGCAGACCCAUCUGUCUAUGCCAGAACGCCCUAUGACUAAGAGAGAAAGGAAGAACUUCUCCCAUGAAGAGGUGUGUUAUCUGAUAUCAGGAGUCCAGAAGUUUGGUCCUUCCUGGAAUUCCAUUUUGUGGGCGUAUCCCUUCCACCCUGGACGCAACAAUGUAGACCUGGCCAUGAAAUACAGACGCCUAACAGAUAAAAGGUCGGGUGCAGGAUGUGACCUACCCACGAGAUCCUGGAGCAACACAUUCAGAACUGCCCUCCCUCAGAAACCUGCAGUCACGCACAAAGGACACUUCAUCUAGUGUGCAACUUUGUACCCAUUGUAAAUGAUCCACAGUAUAGUACCUUGUUUAGUUCCUUGUUUAUUGAUUUAUUAACAGCAGUAAAGAGCCUGUCACAAACAUUUUGUUUACUAGUAAAAUUAUUAAGCUUGGGGUUUGUCAGUUCUGGCACAAAUAUAUUGUGUUCUGUGCUUAUCCUAUCUUAUAAUACCUAUAGAUUAGAAUCUUUUUUUUGUUGCAUUGUGGGGAUUCCUGUCAUGACACAUUGCACAAUGUCUGUUGAGGUUCUUUAGUUUAAAUAAAACAUGUUUGUUAGUAUAUAUUGUCAGAUAUUCAGUUGGUUUUACACUUCUCACAUAAUUAUAGUAUCCCUGAAACAGAUUCUCUACAUCAGAGGGAAACUUUCCCCACUUCAUUAUUCACCAUAGUAACACAUACACAACAAUAUGUACAGCCCUCUCCACUGCAUGUGUAAGUACUGUGAGAGUAUCAUUUCACAUAAAUAGGAACUAUAUUCAGAUUUAACGGGUACAGAAUAUUAUGCAAAUCAUUCUGGAUCACAGAAUAGACAGGAAAUAACCAUGGGUUUGGAUGUAGUAGACUCGAGCAACACUGAGAAAACUGGCCUUUGUCGCUGUGCAACAAAGGCCUGUUCUAAAUCCUACAGAAUCUCAUCCAUGCAGUAGAAAAUGCACAAUUGACUUGGAUCAGUGUGUUUGAACAGGGUGUGUAUUUUAACUCUGUGUACCAUAUCCAUCGACGGUGUGUGUCAGUGUACUGUCAGAGGAGCUGCUACACAGAUGGUGGUAGUUACUAUAUAUGAGAGAGAGUGCAGAUAGAAAACCAAGUCCUUAGAGCUAAAUUUUUCCCUUUAACUUUUAAUCUACCUCAAAAAUGUACCAUGCCUUUUUAGUGAGGCACUUGUUGGAGAUACAGAGGCAGAGUCUUGGUAAACGUGGGGGAGAGAGUAGUAGUGUGUGAGAUUUAUGGGAAGAGCAGAUUUCACAUGCACUGUAGCACAGUCACACUGGAGACUUCUGACCCGGACCCCCUGAAAACCCCCUUCCUUUGGAAAGAAUGCAGCCUCCCCCCCU